UUUGUGCGAGGUGAAGAAGUUUCCACGGCGGAGUUGCAAGUGGUGCUGCCUCAAAAAAGACUGUCGCCCAGUGUCUAGCUCGUUGGGAUUACUCUUACGCGUAGCCGGAGCUGUAACACUUUAUCAGAAGAUCUGAGUGUCCACAUCUGCCACUGAAAGCUGAUGAUUUGCGCGAGCCGAGAGAAAAUUCCACGGCGAAAUUGCGACCGAUUUCUGCCUAGUUAGCGAUUAGUAGAAAGAAGUGACAGGGACAGACAGACAUACCCGGAGGUGGCGACGACUGGUACGAGGACUCGACUGGAGGAGGAAGGGGAGAGGGAGGAGGCGGCCUUCCAAGAACCCACCCUUAUGUGAGAAAUUUCCAAGUCUCCUCCUUGUAGAUUCCAUCUCUCCAUCUCCUUCUUCGAUCCGAUUGAACGAUGCUGGUGUGUCGUUCAAUUUCCGGUUGAUUUCGAGCUGAAACUUCUGUUCUUUUUCCGGUUGUGGUUUGAUGUGUAGUUCUUUUGGGAUUGUUCCUCUUCAUUUAUCAUUAGAGAUUGGUUUCGAGUCAUAGGAAUGGAUAUAUUUUGAUCUUGUGAAUUUGGGGAGACCGUCUCAAAGAUGCGAUUGAUCAAGAAACGGCCAAGAAAUUCCGAUUUCCCGGGAAUUUGAGUACAUGAACAGGUAGCAAAUGCAAACGGUGCAGGUAAUGGAGGUUCAAUAGGAUUCUAGGGAACCAUGGAAUACUUCCCGGAGGAAGUAGUAGAGCCAAUCCUUGGCUAUGUAACCUCACACCGGGACCGCAACGCCGUGUCGCUGGUGUGCCGAGCAUGGUACCACAUUGAGCGCCUCAGCCGCCGCUCGGUGCUUGUAAGCAACUGCUAUGCAGUGCAUCCAGAGCGUGUACAUGUGCGUUUUCCCAGCAUGCGCUCACUGAGCGUAAAGGGAAAACCACACUUCGGUGACUUCAACCUUGUUCCGGCGGGUUGGGGCGCCAUAGCAGAGCCAUGGGUGAAUGCGUGCGCCCGUGCAUGCCCGGGACUUGAGGAGCUCCGGCUGAAGCGGAUGGUUGUCACUGAUGAGUGCCUCAAGCUGGUUGCUUGCUCUUUCGCCAAUUUUAAGUCACUUGUCCUUAUCAGCUGUGAGGGGUUCAGCACUGCUGGGCUUGCUACUAUUGCCACCAAUUGUAGGUUUCUCAAGGAACUGGACUUACAAGAGAGUCUAGUGAAACAUCAAGGCCAUGAUUGGAUUAAUUGUUUCCCCAAGCCUUCUACAUCUCUAGAAUACUUGAAUUUUGCUUGCUUGGCUGGGGAGGUGAAUGCUCAUGCAUUGGAGAAACUUGUUGCAAGGAGUCCGAAUCUUAAAAGCUUAAGGUUGAAUCGUGCAGUUCCAUUUGAUGUUUUAGCGAGAAUGCUUUCUCACACACCUAAGUUGGAGGAUUUAGGUACGGGAUCUUUUGUACGAGGCAAUAAUGCUGGUGCAUUCAUCAGUCUAUUCACUGCUCUCGGACAAUGCAGUUCGCUGAAGAGUUUAUCUGGGUUUUGGGAUGCUCUGGGCAUGCUUCUUCCAGCAAUUUCUUCUGUUUGCAAGAACCUAACAUGCCUGAAUCUCAGCUAUGCACGAGCGAUUCGAUGUGCUGAUCUCAUCAAUGUUAUUCGUAAGUGUGCGAAACUCCGGCUCUUAUGGGUGUUAGAUCACAUUGGUGAUGAAGGAUUGAAGGCAGUGGCCUCUUCUUGUGUGGAGCUCCAAGAGUUGAGGGUCUUUCCUGCAAACACAGGUUUUCGAGCAAGAACUGCGGUGACAGAGGAAGGGCUGGUUGCCAUAUCUUCAGGCUGCCGGAAGUUAAACUCUGUGUUCUACUUCUGCGGACGAAUGACCAAUGCUGCGCUGAUUACUGUAGCAAAGAACUGCCCACGAUUCACAUCCUUCAGGCUUUGCAUUCUUGAGCCCAGGUCAGCAGAUGCUGUGACAGGCCAGCCACUCGAUGAAGGCUUUUGGGCAAUAGUCCAGUCUUGCAAAGACCUUAGGCGACUCUCUAUGUCCGGCCUCCUCACGGACAGUGUGUUCCUGUACAUCGGCAUGUACGCCGAGAAGCUGGAGAGGCUUUCUGUAGCGUUUGCAGGUGACACCGACGACGGCAUGAUCUACGUGCUCAAUGGCUGUAAGAACCUCAAGAAGCUAGAGAUCAAGGACAGUCCAUUCGGCGACGCCGCUCUUCUCGCGGGCAUGCACAGGUACGAGGCGAUGCGCUCCCUCUGGAUGUCCUCGUGCAACAUAACCUUGGGGGGCUGCAAGUUCCUCGCAGCAAGCAUGCCGAACCUCAACGUCGAAGUGAUGAAUCAAGUGGGAGAAAGUAUUGAAGAGGCCAACAACGCAAAGAAGGUGGAGAAGCUGUAUCUUUACCCGACGAUCGGCGGACCCAGGGGUGAUGCUCCUGGAUUCAUCUCGGUACUCUAAACUGUAUCUACCGUAGCGGUUGAAGGGUUCAUAUAGAACCGCCUUUGGAUAAACUCAAUAUUCUGAACAUGGAUACCGUAAUAGUGCUACCCUGUUUAGUUAGUCUUUGAAACUCUUGGAGCUGGAUAGCUAAGCAGAUUGGUCAGAACACACAUAAUGUCUAUAGCGUUCUCAGAAACUUUCGCGCUAUCUGGAUCUCAUUUAUGUUGGACAUGUCCGUUCUAAAAAAAAAUUAUGUUGGACAUGAAAGACCGUAAUUCGUGUUUGUAGAA